UUGAAACCCGACAAACAAGUUUUGCAAGACUGGUUCUGUUGGCGUAAAUAUAAAAUACGAGGAUCGAAUAUAAUUCAGUCCCUGUGAUUCUUGUGGUUCUUGUGUAGUUGUGUUGAAUAACUUUCUCUUUGCAAAUCCAGCUGAUCUGAGUAGAAAAGAUGUCGGAAAAGGUGAGUGUGGUUUCCGAUUUGUUCUUGUGAAUUUAUGGUUAUGUUUCGUUCACAAUGUCGUGCAUUUUAUACCUGUUGUACACAUGUGUUUAUCGCCUAUUGAGAAAUACACUGAGCCGGCUUAGGGCGUUUUAACACGUGUAAGACAUAUUAAAUUAGCUAGAAUUUUGCAGUAUUUCAGGUUUAUUUAUUCUACAAACGAUCUGCUUUUCAAAUGCAUAUGUUUCAAGGCUUAGAUUUGUGCUACAAAUCGUGGAAAUCGAGACAAAUAUUUUGGACACAUGUAACCAAACACCGAAAAUAUCGCGUGUUACGUUUCUCCAAUGAAUACAAUACAUGUUCUAACUUGUAAUCUGAGCUGAUCUAAACUCUUGUUUUACUACAAAUAUUAUGGCCAAACUUUAUAUACUGGUUCAUAAUCAUAUGACCUGAAUCUAAAUUUGGGCAAAACCUACAUUUAAACCGCCCCAAUGAGCUCAUGGAAUGCUCUACAGUCUACAAAAGCCGUGAUUCUUUGAAGAGUAAUAUCUCUUUUUAAGUUUUCAAUCUACAGUAGAAUGAGUAGACCGUCGUCCACAUCAGCUUUGAAAAUCCUAGGUUAGCUGAGUUUAGUGAGUUUAACAUGGUCCGUCGCGAUCCUCUGCAAACGUUUGUUUAUUUCAAAGAAUGCCAAUUUUCAUUGGUAUCGUUGGUAUGAAAAAUAAUUUGGGGAGGUUAGGAGGUAAGGGACGGACCAUUAGAAAAGUGAUGGGGGGGGGGUAAAUUUUUUUUGUUUGCAUUUUUUUUCCAGGUUGUCAGCUGUGUAUGCAUGUUUUUUUAAAUAUGUCUUCUCGCAUGCAAUUUUUUUUCCAAUACAACUAUACAGAUGUUAACGAAACUGUUCUUUUGACAAAAAAAUAUCCCUUUAAUACACACUGCAAAAUUAUAUCUUUAAGCACCAUAUAUGGACAAGUUUUCUAGGGGUCCAGAGGAUGCUCACCCGGAAAAUUUUUGAAUCUAAAUUCUCUGAAAUACCAUUUCCCGGACUUUGGGGAGAGAUUUUACAGAAUUCUGAUGGUCAGAAAACACCAUUGUAACAUAUCAGAGGCCCUUGGCCAAUGUUUUUGCUCUAUAGCCUGAGCCUGGGGCCCCCCAUUUGCGGGCCCAUUGGGGUUGGUGGCACCCGGAUUCUCCCAGUCCGAGCCCAUAGUAGUUACGCCACUGAGGACAGUGGCAGUGUGAAUGAGAAUUAAUUAUUAAAUACAAUAGAAAAUAUUUUGAUAGUAUAUAAUAAAACUACAUAAGAGUUACUGUUAAUAUUGAAAGAAAUUGCAUAUUAAUAUAUUAUAUAUUUUGAUAUAUUUAUAUUCUGAAAUAUUCCAAAGAUUUAGUUCAAUUUUGUCUGAUGUACAUUUAAAAUUAAAGUUCUAUUGUUGGUUUGUUUGUAAUUUUUUUUUUAAACAAGUCUGUUUGCAUGUAUUUUUUUCAAACCUUUUUUGUUUGCAUGGAUUUUUUUUCUGUUUUUUCCCCACCCUCUCCAUCACUUUUCUAAUGGUCUGUCCCUAAAGGGCCUUGAAACAAACCAAUUAACAGAUCCUUGAAUUUCUUUCUAGCUGUGCUGAUAAUAUUUGAACGGUAUUAAGACUAUUGUUUUGCAUUGAUUUCUGCAGUGUUUAUAUUUCAAUAAAACAAUGUGAACUUUGUCAAAUAUAUUGCACGAGGCGUAAAAAAAAAUACCUGUGGUUCCGGUUCCCGACCGACCCUAUUUUUUUCCGCUGACCCUAUUAUUUUUUCAACACGAUUGACCGUGCGACCCUAUUUUCUCCGGGUGGUUGCGGGCUGCUGCCAAAAUGGCGUUAUCAAAAAAUUAUAAAAUUAUAAAAAAAAAAUUAUUUCCAACCUAAUUUUUUCGCAAUAUGAAACCAGAACCACAGGUAUUUUUUUACGCCUGAUGAUGGUUUCAAGUUCACACUUGAGUAAAGUUUACCUCGCUAAAGUUUGAUAAAGUACUCGACAAUUCCAGCAACCAUUCCAGAGCACACAAGAUUUCAAAAUUGCUUCAUUUCUGAGCUGAUUUCCUGAUUUCUGUUGAUUUCAAGAUUUCCUGAAAACGUUAGUUUACAGCAAUGUUUGUGGGGGGGGGGGGGACAGUUACCCCUGCCCCUUUAUCAGGUCCUGUCACCCAUACUUCCCCCACAGUGGAAAUAGGUAUUUAUUCAUCGUCCUCUUUUGAACAUUAUUUUUCAUCUAGCGAGGUAUACUUGAACGUCUGAAUGCGGGUGAGGUCGUCAUCGGAGAUGGUGGGUUUGUUUUUGCGUUAGAGAAGAGAGGUUACGUCAAAGCAGGACCGUGGACGCCUGAAGCGUCAGUUGAACAUCCUGAAGCAGGUAUAUUCAAUAUUCUUGAAUUUGGCAGUCUAGCUUAUCCAUAGUUUAUAUCGGAAUGUUUCUCCAAUUGUACUAUAAUAACACUGCAUCAAUAAGGACUUGUAACUGUUACAGCACCUCUGAAGAGAACUGGUAUGAACUAUCCAGUAUAAAUAAAGUUGGUUUAAUUUUUUCCUCCUGUCAUCACACUGGAACAAUAUGAGAUGUCACUUAAUACUGGACCUCUAGGAAGAACAGUUUAGAACUGAUAGAGCUAUCCAGUAUAAAUAAUGUUUGUUUAGUUUAGGUUUCCUCCUAUAGUAACACUGUCACUGGACCUCCUAAGGAGAACAGUUUAGAACUGAUAGAGCUAUAUAUAUACAGUCUAAAGCUAUGUAAAUAUUAAUUGAUUUUUGCUCAUUCAUUUUGUAGUUCUGCAGUUACACAGAGAAUUCUGUCGUGCUGGAUCAGACAUUGCGCAAGCAUUCACAUUUUAUGCCAGUGAAGACAAGCUAGAUAACCGAGGAAACGAUGCUGGCAAAAAAAUAGGGGUUGGUUUUAACAAUUCAGGAUUUUAUUGUUAAUAUUACAGGAUAAAUGUGACCAUUCAAAUGCAUGUGGUGAUCAUCGAUUGCUUGGCUUUGAUUCCUGAUAUUUUCAGUUGUCUGAUUAUAAUUGAGGUUAUUGUAAGGCUUUUUUAUGGCUGUUAAUACAACAGCCCCAAUCUUGAAUUGAGUUUUGAAACUCAACCAUGAUCAUCAAAAGGUUGAGUCCAAUAAAGAUGAAGUUGCUCAAGUUUUUCUAAAAGCAUAUGUAAAGAAGGCUAAAAAGGUUCUGUGGCCUUCACCCAUACUCUAUGGUCCUUAAUGUACUCCAUUCAUGAUCCUAAAUUUUCAUUUUAGGUCAAGUCUGUGAACCAAGCCUCGUGUGAUCUUGCCAAACAAGUUUCAAAAGAAUUUGGGUGUCUUUGGCUGGGUGGUUUGAGUCAGACUCCAACAUAUUUGAGUGACGGAAACAAAGAAAAAGUUC